ACCAAUUUUUCGAACUGUUUAUUGAAACUGAUUUGAUUCAUGAUCAUCAUGGUAUGUCAACGUAGAGGAAGUCGCUCGUGUUUUAACAAACCCAGGGUAAACAUUCAGAUAAUAAGACCUUACAAGAAUCGUACGUCUGAUCAUAUUUGAUCUGAUACGAUCAGACGAAAUUCGUACGGAAAAUCGUAGUCUCUGAUUUCUUACACUAAGUCGUAUUAACAGAUCCUUGUAAGAAUCUGUUGGGUCGUGAACUAAUCACAGCACCAUUCUAUUUAAACUAAUAUGGCCGUCAAAUAGCACUAUAAGUUUGUGGUGAACAUAAAGUGCAUGUAAGAUCUUUAUAUGAUCUGUUAAUACGACUUAGUGUAAGAAAUCAGAGACUACGAUUUUUUGUCAGAUUCUUGCAAGAUUUUGUUCAGACUACAAGAUCUUAUAAGAUCCUGUACAAUCUGAUGUCAGAUUUCUCGACCUGGGAAUGAAUUAAUUUCAAAAUAUAAAAAUACCGAUAUGAUAUAUCGGUCUCAGUCGAUUUAAAAUAUCCUAGAUAAGAAUGCGAGUACUCCAUCUUUUCACAACUCGUCACGAGCUCAAUUGCAUCUAUGCGUUGGUGUUUUUCAUUCAACUAGAACAAAGAAAUAAUAAUCAGUAUCUUUCUCAGUUAUACGUACUUCAGUGAAAUCAGGCCAAUAACGUUUUUAUUCAACUGAACACGUCAAGCGUUUUAUAUGACUUUCGUUGGAAUCAUCAUAAGAUACAGGUGCGACUUGUUAUCCUUAGUGAUGGUGUCACAGAGUGUACAUCAAAGUUCGUCGAAAAAAAAUGGUAUGCUCAAAUUAAUGUGGAAAAGAUGAUUAAACCUACAGGACAAGGAAUGAAAAUGUUAUUCGUUGCUUCCCAGGUCAAAAAAUCUGCCAUAAGAUCUUAUGUUAUACACGCAAGAUCUUGCAAUAUGGACGAAAUCUUUCAAGAAUCUAACAAAAAAUCGUCGUCUCUGAGAUCUUGCAUCAGAUCAUACUAUAUUUUCCUCGAAAGAUUUUACGUUCACUUUAUUUGUAUUAAAAACUGUAGUGAUAUUUUGAGAAGAUAAUUAAUUUUAUUGAAAUAUUACUGUGGUACAUCAUACGUAACAGAAUCUUUCAAGAAUCUUAUAAUGCGAUCGUAGAUAAGAAGUCAGAAACGACGAUUUUGCGUACGUUUUUUCAUCGGAUCUUAUAAGGUCAGAUAUGAUCAGACAUAUGAUCCUUGUAAGAACUUGUCAUCCGAUUGUUCUACCUGGGUCGCAAUGAUAUGUCUCAGACAAAAUACAUACGUUAUUUUUUAGAAACAGAAUUUAAGAUAAAGUGGCCUGCGGUUGAAUAGAUAUUCAUUUUAUAAAUUAUUGUAAAUACCCUAGUUUUUUCGUUGAAGAGCUAUUGCUGUUUGCACAGUAUUGUCGAACGAAGUUCGAAUCUGUGCUACUAUUCCCAUACAAACUGUCAUGAGCGUUCUGCCAUUUAAAUGUGCACUUGAGCAAGGCAUUGUGUCAUGCUCUGUUGCAACUAACGAUUAUUGGAAAUGAUGCCUAUAUAAAAAAUCAGUCGUAGUCUAGCUACAUAUCAUGUUACAAAUUUAAUUGUAUGAGAAUGUUUCGCCUCACUAUGAUGACAGAACAAAAAAAUUGAAAUUUUGUCGUCAUUCUUUUUUGUCUUAUCAUAUUCUCAAACGAGACAAUAUAUACGCCAUAUUUUUUCUGCCAAUAUUACUGAAUGCAAAACAAUAUUUUCUUUGAAACUACUACAAAGUGAAACAAAUAAUAUUUUUAGCACUCUUGGUUCUUUUAACAAAUAAAUGUUCAGGCCAAAAGGGCUUCCCCAAGCAAUUUCAAGGAAAAUUGAAUAUAAGUGGAUUAUAUACUUGGCAAACAUCAACCUCCGGCUUGCAACAAUUAUUAUAUGAUCAUAUAAAUUCACGAGCUCGAUUUGAUAUUGCAGGAUGGCGAACAAACCAAAGUGAAACUUAUAUGGUUCAAUAUCAACCUAAUGGUGCUGAAGCAGGUUCACCAGCUUCACAAGGUUUUACUAUGUUCAAUUUCAAUCCUGAUUAUUCAGAAUGA